CUCCACGCCCGCUGAGCUGGUGGCCGUUGCUGUAACGGUCUGCUGUCCUUCCGCAGCAGCUGGGCUGCAGCCACCUCUGUCCCGGCUGCCUGGGGACACGCCUCCUGCCCGCUGGCCUCAGCAGCCACCCACCAGGGCUGCCCACGGCUGCUGCUCCUCAGGUGGCCCUGGCCAAGAGGCAGCACCCUCAGUGUGAUAAGUUAGGAAAGACUCUUUGUUCAUUAGGACAAAAAGGGGAAAGCUUUGUGUAAACAACAAGAAACUAAAGGGGAAGCCUUGUGUAAGUAACAGGAUUUGAGCUUAGAUGCAUAUAACAUAUAACCUUAUAUAGAAAAGACUAUUACAAGGUCGUAGACUUUCACUGAGGAAGAAGAGAGGCGCCUUCCUCUAACGACCACUAGAAGCCUGCUGCCUCCCCAGGGUGUCCUUGGCAUGGUGUGGCUCAGGCUCCUGAUCUCCUGCAUGCCUGGCAGCAGAGGGCCUGAGCGUGAGACUGCAGGGAAACCUCUCUGCUCCUCCCAUCAAGCGGAGAGAUGGUCAGCGAUGCCACCCCAGUGCCCAGGGCGUGGGGUGGUGGCGUGGUGCAGCUGAAGGAAGCGGGCUGGGGUGAAGGUGAGUGGCUCUCAGCCCCUCCCUGAAGCCCAGCUGCAGCAGAGCGAGCAGCCCCGGGGAGCCGAGUCCCUGAGCCCCCCGUGUCAUUUACAUACAUCCCACCAGCGGCCCCAGCACAGCACCCGGGCUUUGUGCAGCACCCAGAGCCACUCUGAAACAGCUUCCCUUCCUCUGCCUCCUGCCAUGGCCCUGGCCUUCACGGUCCUGCUCCUGCUGGGGACACUGGGCACAGCUGCCAGGGCCCAGCCCGUGCUGAGCCAGCCGCACUCCGUGUUCGUGCUGCCCGGGCAGAGCGCCCGGCUCUUCUGCACCCUGAGCCCCCAGUACAACAUCAGCCAGUUCGGCAUCUCCUGGUACCAGCAGCGCCCGGGCCACUCCCUCAGCUAUCUGCUCUACUACAACUCCGAGCGAGACAAGCACAAGCCUGCCAGGACUCCCGACCGCUUCUCGGCCACCAAAGACCUCGCCAGCAACGCCUGCAUCCUCACCAUCGCAGCCGCCUGCCAGGACGACAACGGCACCUAUUACUGCGCCCUGGCACCUGCCCUCAAAUGGCUCUAGACACGGCCACUGAAGCUUUCCGCGCUUUCCUUGGCGACCCUCUCUCAGCAGGGAGAGCAGCAGCCCUGGGAGGGAUGGGGAAAAUCCAUCUUUGCAUGCUUGAGCAGGCCCGGCAGCGCUGCCUCGUGCUGCGAAGUGCAGCCAACCUCCUCUUUGUCCCCAAGCGUCCCGCACGGGGCAUUAGAGAGGCCGACACAGAGCGGCCAGGGCCGCCUGCUGCAGCGGGAGGGUGGCGGGCUCGGCCGCGGCCCGGCUUUCCUGCGCUCCUCCAGCACCCGGCACGAGGCGGCCUCGACCUGGCUGGGGCUUCCGCAGAGUUGAAACAAAGGCAAUAAAGGCUAAUCCU